AUGCAGCUGACACUCUGCAGGCUCCGGACUCACCAGUGGUGCUUCCUCCUCUUCAAUGUCUUGCUUUUCCACGUGCUGCUUUUUGGAGCAGAUUUACUGGAGGAAUACUUCCUGCGGUCACUACCUCUUUCUUACACUGACGCAAAGACUCUCGAAAUCAGGGAGAGGGCCAGCAAGCUAGAUAUGGAUCCCCUAAAGGCCAAUCUCUCUUACACUGUCAGCAGUGCAGCAACAUGCUCCGAUCGAGAGGUAUUUUUGCUCAUUCUUGUCUGCAGUAGCCCAGAAAACAGGACAAGGCGCAACGUGAUCAGGCAGACAUGGGGCAACGUGACAGACGCCAGAGGUUAUGCUGUCCUUACUCUGUUUGCUUUAGGAAAGCCAGCUUUAGUAACCACCCAGCUGGAAAUCAAUGAAGAGUCUCAAAAGCACAGAGACAUUGUUGAAGGUAGUUUCGUCGAUUCUCCCGAGACGCAGACACAGAAGAUGCUGAUGAGCGUGGAGUGGACAGUGACUUUCUGUCCCCAUGCAAGGUACAUUCUUAAAACAGAUGAAGACGUGUUUGUCAGUAUUCCAAGUCUGGCUGGAUACUUGCUUAGCUUAACACAGCUAGAGGACAUUUACAUUGGGAGGGUCAUUCAUCAAGGAGUGCCUGACAGAGACCCCGAAAGCCCUGGCUUCGUUCCCAUCCAUCAAUACUCGGACGAGUUUUACCCAGAUUACUGCGAUGGGAGCGCUUUUGUCAUGUCCCAGGACGUCGCUCGCAAGGUGUACGUGGCCACCAAGGAGGUGCCUAUCUCAGUGCCCCCCGAUAUCUUUGUCGGAAUCUGUGCUAAAAAAGCUGGCAUCACUCCCAUUCACAGCUCUCGAUUUUCUGGGGAGAAGCACAUCAGCUAUAAUCGAUGCUGCUAUAAAUUCAUUUUCACCUCUUCCAACAUGAAAGAGGAUGAGUUAUUUGAAGACUGGAAGGAAACAAGCGAUGGGAAAGAUUGCUCAUUACUGGAAACUUAUUACGGUCUGGUGUCUUGCAAGGUUUUGACCUAUAUUGAUAAGUUCAAACAGUUUAAUUUAGAUAGAAUUAAAAAUGAGGUUCUUCAUUUUGUCAAUUAA